AUGGGUGCUGGGUGUACGAGGGGGCAAUGCGUGCGGAUUUUGACGGUAAUCGGCUCCACGCUUCUCCAGUUCUCCUUUGGAUACACCAACACGCUAGGUAACCUCAGCACGUACCUCAUUCGACACCUGAAGCUGACAGCCAGUGCUAGUGUGUGGUUCCUUGGCGCGGCCAUAGUUGCAAAAUCCGUUUUCACACCAAUUGGAGAAGCCCUCUCUGAAAGAGUUCCCUACCUGUACCUCCUCUUAGCAACUGUUGUUUUGUACAGUAAGCGCCGUACUUUUGCGAUUAUUUGCAGUGGUGGAGUUUUUCUCAAUGUCUUGACAAUCAACUGCGGAAUGGUCUAUUUCUUAGUCACAAAUUCUGUGCUCGUUGAAAUCGCAAUUGGCAUUUCGUUGACUGCCAGCCUGAAUCAUGCCGUCGAGCAAUAUCCCGAACGAACAGAGACCAUCUACCGGAUUGUCGGGUCGGGUUUCGGGUUCGGGACAAUCUUUUUCGUGCCACUUCAGGUAAUAGCCAAUGAAAUCGAGGAUGUUUCUCAUCACCUCGAAUCCAAUGAAGCCUUCUCCAACGUCUUCAUAAUAACAGGCUCCUCAAUUACCGCACUACAGAUAAUUGCAUUUGCGUUCACGUGUUUCUCGAUUUGCCUCUCAGGGGUGUUUGGAAAAAGCGUGGGUUUCGAAGACGAAUUCCUCGUUCUCGUGGCAACACUGAACGGAAUUUUUAAUUGUGUCGGCUACAUAAUUGGUCGGGUAGUUUGCUCAAGAGCGUCUUUCAAGAUUACUCUUGUGGCUUUCCUGCUCGUCAUGGCAACGUUUCUUGGUUUGUUUCCAUUAACUGAGAAAAUUAAAGUCCUCUCCAUUAUCUUCUACGCCCUGUGCGUUUUUGGACUUCACUUCACGAUGGCAGCCGUCUCUGUGGUAAUUGGUUUAGCCAGCAAUAAAAUAAUUUCGCCAAUGACAAGCUUCGGCAACAACCUGACACUUUCUUUCACCUCCGUGCCAUCGGCAAUCAUCUUCUCAGUUGUAGCAGCAAGUCAGAAGAUCGAGAAAGCGCUUGGAGUUAUGUACUGGUGUGUGGCAGGCGUCUGCUUAGUUGGUACGUCUAAAUGUCGAUUAUUAUCAGCGCACAGGGCAUCGUAA